AUUUCAAAGCAUCAUUAAGUCCGGUUGUAUCGACAACAUGAGAAGCAUCACCAUAACCUUACUCGUUUUAGGAUUAGUUUCCUUAGCGCUAGCACAAUACGAUUAUGCUGACGUCAUAAGGAGGUCGCUUCUAUUCUAUGAAGCACAAAGAACAGGAGUUCUACCUGCCAACAACAGAGUUCCAUGGAGAGGAAAUUCGUUCGUCACUGACCGUGGAGUCAACGGUGAAAAUCUGUCGGGAGGCUAUUUUGAUGCUGGUGAUCAUGUUAAAUUCGGUUUUCCAUUCGCCUCUGCAAUGACAAUGUUGGCGUGGGGAAUGCUUGAUUCUAGAGCUGGUUACGAAAGAGCCGGACAAUGGUCAUUCGCCAUUGACGCUCUACGAUGGGGCACAGAUUAUAUGAUCAGGAUCCAUCCAUCGGCUAACGAAUUGUACGUUCAAGUCGGUAAUGGUAGAGAAGAUCACGCUUUUUGGGGUCGGCCAGAACAGUGGACUGGAAGCAAUCCCCGUCCAGCUCUACGAGCAACUCCUGCCUUGCCGGCAACAGAGGUGGCCUGCGAAACAGCUGCAGCUCUUGCUGCUGCAUCAAUGGUCUUCCGAAAUAAUGGAGAAACUGCAUACGCAAACACGCUUCUGAAUCAUGCAAUUCAACUGUACAAUUUCGGGAACACCUUCCGCGGCAGAUACAGCGAUUCUUUCCCAGAGAUUCAAGAGUUUUACAAUUCCUGGAGCGGAUUCGAAGACGAGUUAUUCUAUUCAGCUGCUUGGAUGUACAGAGCCACAGGAAACGCUCAGUAUCGCACAGACUAUAACAAUUUCUGGCAUCAAUUCGGAAUGAGCACCAGGCCACUAGAAAUUUCCUGGGAUGAUAAACAGGCUGCCGGUCAAAUUUUGUUGGCUAAGAUCGAUGGUUCACAUCAAUUUGUUAGUGCUGCGCAGGCAUUCUGUGACUGGGUUGUGUUGCAAGCUCCACGAACUCCAAGAAACUUAGUUUUCAUAAGUCCAUGGGGAUCAUUACGUCAUGCUUCCAAUGUGGCUUUCGGUUGCCUUCAAUUGGCUCAAGCCGGCAUUAACGCAAUCCCGUACAGAAACUUUGCUAGACAGCAAAUCGACUAUAUGCUCGGAAGUACAGGACGGAGCUUCGUCGUUGGAUUCGGAGUGAAUCCACCGCAACGACCACAUCAUACAUCUUCAUCUUGUCCUAAUAUGCCUGCUCCGUGCGACUGGUCACACUUCCAUGCACCUGGUCCCAAUCCACAAACCCUUCAUGGAGCAUUAGUAGGCGGUCCAGACAUAAACGAUAAUUGGGCAGACAAUCGUGAUGACUAUGUCACAAAUGAAGUUGCCAUUGACUAUAAUGCUGCAUUCCAAGGGGCGCUUGCUGAAAUCGUUCGUUUACUCUAAUUCAAAUACUCAAAAUUUGCAAAUAUAUUUAUCGACUGAUUGAAUG